AUGUCCGACAUUGAAGAUCUCGAGCCCCUUGACCCCACCCUCCAGAACGUCAUCGACCAGACCUCGCUCCAGUGGAUCUUUGUCGGAGGAAAGGGAGGUGUCGGAAAGACGACCACCUCUUGCUCUCUUGCUAUCCAGUUGGCCAAGGUCCGCCCUAGUGUCCUCUUGAUCUCCACGGAUCCCGCCCACAACUUGUCUGAUGCCUUUGGACAGAAGUUCAGCAAGGAUGCCACCCUCGUUAAUGGAUUCACCAACCUCUCUGCUAUGGAAAUUGACCCCAACUCCUCGAUCCAGGAGAUGAUUGAUAACUCGGACGAUCAAGGAAGCGGUAUUUCGUCAAUGAUGCAGGAUCUUGCCUUCGCUAUUCCCGGUGUUGACGAGGCCAUGGGCUUUGCUGAGGUCAUGAAGCAGGUCAAGUCAAUGGAGUACUCUGUGAUCAUUUUCGAUACCGCCCCUACGGGACACACCCUUCGCUUCCUCUCCUUCCCCAGCGUCCUGGAAAAGGCUCUGGCCAAGGUCGCGCAGCUCAGCGGACGGUUCGGCCCCAUGAUGCAGCAGAUGUCGGGCAUGAUGGGCAUGCAGGGCAACCCCGAGGACAUGUUUGGCAAGCUGGAGGGCAUGCGCGAGGUCAUCACAGAGGUCAACAAUCAGUUCAAAGACGCUGACAAGACCACCUUUGUCUGUGUCUGCAUCUCCGAAUUCUUGUCGCUGUACGAGACCGAGCGUAUGAUCCAGGAGCUGACCUCGUACCACAUCGAUACCCACAACAUUGUCGUCAACCAGUUGUUAUUCCCUAAGAAGGAUUCCAACUGUGAGCAGUGCCAGGUCCGUCAUGCGAUGCAGAAGAAGUACCUCGACCAGAUCUAUGAUCUCUACGACGAUUUCCAUAUUACCAGGUUACCCCUGUUGACGACCGAGAUCCGUGGUGUUGACAAGUUGGUGCCCUUCUCGGAUAUGUUGGUCAACAGCUCCUAUGUCGACGAGAAGAAGGCUGAGGGUAUUGAGGACACCAAGGCCGCUCAGUAG